GGGUUUUAGACUUAUUUUAUCUCAACAACUGUUGUAUGUCUUGGGACUCUUGGCAGGUUGAUGCACAAUGGGACUUUAUGAACCAUUAACAAAUGGGCAAUAAUUGCAUGAAAUGUGUUGCCGGUUUGAGUAUGAUCUCCUGAAAAAACAAAUGCUCCUCUUAAGGCCAGGUUUGGUUUAGUUCCACUCCAACUGGUAUGCAAUCAUCCAUACCUUUACCACCAAGAUCUUUUAUCAGGCACCUUCCCAGAAGGUGUUCAUCCGUUCAAUGUAUCCCUUGUGAUGGAAGGAAUCUAAUGGUUAAUGACUCAGCCGCCCAAACAGGGUCGUCAUUGGAUCAAUAAGUCAAAGGGCUCAGGGCUCUGAUAGUAAUGCCAUGGUCAUCCGAUCCACCUAUCAAUCAUAUGGCCUUUGACCCAUUCCCAAUCGUGUCGUGGUGGGGUUAUUAACAAGUUUUAACACGUUUAAAAGAAGAUAAUGAUGAUGUAGAAAAGAUAAUGAUGAUGUUGGGGAAAUGCAUUGGAAUGAUCAACAAGCUCCAAUAUUCUUUCCUUUCCUUGACAUUUCUGGGGGUAGGAAGCAGAAGAAAAGUUCGAUGCCCUCACGAGUCACGACGUCACAAGGAGAGUUGGGCUAGAGGGCGAGGGCCCUUUUUUCACGACGUCACAGAAAGCCUUUCUUCGCCUGAUUGAGUUGCCCAGAAAUUUGGGAAGAUUGUAAUGUUGCGUGAUAGAGAAAGAAGGCAAGGAGAAGGGGUGGUUUGCAUGGGAGGCUAAGAAUACAUGGGAGAUAUGUGGGAUUUGAGAAAUACGAGAAAAAAUCAAAAUCAAAUACGUGGCUGAUAAAUUUCAUUUGACUAGCACUUGUCCCCUUCCCUCAACACUCUUUCCAAUUCAAUCUCUUCCACACGUUCUACUCCGUUUCUAUUUAAGCUAAUCACACUCAUUCACAAACCCCACAAUUAGCAUCUCUCUCUCUCCCCUUCUUUCUCUCUUCAUAUAUAUAUAUAUUUGUAUUUACGGCAAAUUAAAGCUCUCAUUUCUUCUUGAAAGUCUCCUUUCUUCAUCUCCAGAGAGAGAACUGACAAUCUCUCUCUCUCUCUCUCUCUCUCUCUCUCUGCAUUGCAGGAUAGGUUAUGAGUUGGGUUUACCCCUAACCGAAUGUCAACCAUGAACAAGGUUUGUUCGCCUUACUUUGAUCCCGAGUUUGACGAGCUCCCAGAGAGAAUAUUCGGCCCAACUUGCAGGGUCUGCAUCGACAAUGAGAGCUUGGAAGAUUGCACACUGGUAAAAGUGAACAGCAUAAACAAGCAGGGCAUUCUCCUGGAAGUGGUGAAAGUGUUAACAGACAUGAAUCUCACCAUCUCCAAGAGCUACAUUUCAUCUGAUGCAGGAUGGUUCAUGUUUGUUUUUCACGUUAGGGAUGAGCAUGGCAACAAACUCACGGAUCAGAGAGUCAUUAACUAUAUCCAGCAGGCUAUAGGGACAACUAGGGAGAUCCCAAACUCCCUGACCUAUGUCAACAACGUUAUAGAAUCCGAACCUGCGAGCGAGCACACAGCCAUUGAAAUGAGUGGAGCAGACAGGCCAGGUCUGUUUUCUGAAAUAUCGGCUGCUCUAGCUGAUCUCCAGGUCAACAUUGUGGAAGCUCAUGCAUGGACCCACAAUGAACGCCUGGCUUGUGUCGCCUACAUUACUGAUCAAUCAACGGACAGCCGAAUUGAAGAUCCCCAUCGCCUUGCCAAAAUCGAAAACCACCUUGCCACAGUACUUGGGGCAGCCAAUAUCAGCCGCGCCAACCAUCAAGAAGUCAAAGGCGCUGAUCUCCAUGUAGGGGAAGCCACCACCACCUGUGCGGAACGCCGGCUGCAUCAGCUCAUGCUUUCCGUCGAGGAUUUCGAAGGGCCGUCUGCGCCCACAACAAGUUCAUCGGAGACGCCAUUGGGAUUGGACGAAGAUGAUGAUGAAGGAAGCAAAACGAUUGUGUCCAUUGAGAGCUGCAACGAAAGGGGCUACUCCAUUGUGAGCAUAGAAUGCAAGGAUCGGCUGAGGCUCAUGUUCGACGUAGUCUGCACGAUUACUGAUAUGCAGUACCUGAUUUUCCAUGGUUCCACAGCUUCCCAUGGAGGUUAUGCAAUGCAGGAGUACUUUAUCAGACAUAUAGAUGGGUGCACUGUAAACAGUGAGGGUGAAAAGGAACAUGUUGUGAAAUGCCUAGAGGCUGCUAUAGAGCGUCGAGUCUGUGAGGGGGUCCGGCUGGAGCUAUGUGCAAAUAAUAGGUUGGGGCUGCUGUCUGAUAUAACUCGGGUUCUGCGAGAGAACGGGCUUGCCGUAGUUCGGGCAGAUGUGGAAACGCAGGGAGAGAAAGCGGUGAAUGCUUUCUACGUGAAAGACCUUUCAGGCAAUGAUGUAGACACGGAGUUCACAGAGCCAAAGAAGAAAGAGAAGUUCAUAGAGUCAGUGAAGAAAGAGAUGGGUCCAAUAGAUCUUGCAGUGAAGAAAGAGAUAACAUCAAGCCCAAGCUCUCCUGAUCAUAGGCCCCGCUUCUCUGUUGCAGACAUGGUGAAAUCUCAUGUUGAUCGCCUGUCCAAUAAUUUCAUUCCCAUCAAGAACUGAUGAAUACUGUAAAUAUGAAGUGAAUUAGCAGGGAGUGGGAUUGUACCCUAAAAUAAACUCAUCAGGAAUGUAAAGGGGUAGGGUUAUACAAAUUGUACAGAUGCCAGACUUUUAGGUCUAGGGCAUGGAUUGUACAAAUAAAAUUUGUUCCCACUAGGUUCAUUUGUUGUACUUUCUUUGGUAGGUUUAUGUUGUCAUUUGUCCCUAGGUUGUAAAUAUGAAGAAUAAUAUCAUCUUAGAACAAUCAGCGUGCCAAA